AUGGGAGUUGAGGGCUUCUAUGUUGCCGUUCAUGGGGAUGUUGAGCACUUUCACAAGUUGAAGAUUUUUUACACACCUAAAGUGAAGUCUUUCAUCAAGGAAAUCACCCAUCUAGACCCAAAGCACUUUGCACUGAAGUUUGAAUCAUGGGUGAUGGGGAACUUUGAUGCAAUCAAUACAAAAAACCACCUGUCAAAGAAGAAGAUCAAUAUGAACUAUGAUAACUAUGAGAGCAAAAUUGUCGAGAAGCAUGGGAUCAUUCUUGAAGGGUGGACGUAUGGACAACUUCAAAAUCCCAGAAAGAUUGGGCACCAUGAAGAUCUAGUGGCUCUCCUUAAUGCGUUGGUGAAUGGCUGCUGUGUGUGGGUUAAACUGAGUGAACAAGAUUUGGAGCAGUGCAUGGAAAGCAACCGUGAGCAUGCCAAGAAUGGUGAGUCCAUCUACAAGCCUCGCAAGACCAUGAAAAAGAAUCCAGCUGGUGCUGCUAAAAGUGCAGCAGUGAUUGAGGAUAGCGAUAGGUCCCAGGAUGAGAGUGAGGAGGAAGACGAGGGUAAAAGUGCAGCAGUGAUUGAGGAUAGCAAUAGGUCCUAG